UUCUCUAAUACCAUUGUCAACGGACCUCGUCUAGCGUCAAAGUUGCCUCAAACCACAGCUGUCAUAUUAUUGCAUAGCACUAAUAUUUGCUCCCGGAAGCACUUGGCUUGACUUAAAGAUGCCCUCCUUCACAGAAUCCGAGCAUCAGCCGCAAAGUCUACCCUUUGAGAAACCGACACCACGCCCACCCAAGUCGCCAACAGUAGCCAACAACAUUCGGUCUCGCAACCGUCGUCGAGAGUAUCUCGAGAGGAAUCCAAAGUACUUCUCCGACGCUGAACACGAGCUGGCUGACCCCCUAUUAUAUGACAGCUUGGUUCGCAAGUUUCAGACGCCAGCCGAGCGUGAGGUCGAAGGCAAGGCCAAGGGCUACUCAGGGGUUUUAGAAAGCUCCCUGCUCAGAGGCGAGGCUCGCCUAGCUGACUUGAAGUCAUCAACUGAUGACACUUCGACGGCGGAGCCCGCGAGAGACUUCACAACCGAGGCCGAUCUUUCCAAGACAAAGACAAAGGAAGAAGGCCUUCAGAGAUGGCAUGAGUUUCUCACAGAACGUUUUGUCCGCGGCCAUGACGAGGAUUUCGAUUACAGUCUGAUCGACGACAAGGAAGAUUACGACGUCAUGGAGAGACGUGAUGCCGAGGAAGCCUGGUUCGACGAAGAAGAUCCCGAAUGGGCCAGUGAUGCAGACGAGGGAGUUGAAACCACACGGGGCCAGACUGGUAUUCAGGACUUUUGAACGGCUACAGUAAGGCGGGCAAGUCCGGACCAGGACUG